AAAAUCACAAGAAAAUUAGCCUUUGUUGCAAGAACCAAUAGAAAGGUUUUUGUAGUUACAAGAAAAGAGCGUCGGUUCUUAUAUUGCGUUCAUCAAGAUAGUCUUGCUCGCUUCUGAACUCUAAGACAAGCUCUUCAGUCACUACCUUCGGUUCAGGUCGAAUUAGAAUUAAAAAGAUUCAUUCAACAACUUCACAUUAGUCUGAAUCUGACUUUUUGUACUGGUGGAUUAGAACAAUCACAAGAAAACUAGCUUCGCUAGCAAGAACCAAUUGAAGGGGUUUUGAAGUACAAGAAAACAACAUCAAUCUCAUUACAUUCACCAAGAUAGUCUUGCUCGUUCUUGAACUCUACGGCAAGUUCAGCCACCACCCUUUAGGUCAGAUCGACUUAGGAAGAAACAGAUACAUUCAGUAACUUUCACAACGGUCGAAAGCUGACCUCCUGUGCCUGUGAAUCAAAGUAAAAAUGGCAAAGUUGGUUGGGCAUGUAGGAACAGGUCUUGGUUUCUUUUUAAUAGGUAUUUGGCAUUUAUUCAACCAUAUUAGACUACAUGCUUUGCAUCCAAAUGGCUACACUUCUUUACUAUGGUUCCCAACUCCAAAAGUAAGGCAUUUAGAACUUUUCUUGAUUAUGUGUGGAACCAUAGUUUUCUUAUUUACGGAACUUUUUAAUAAUCACCAUCUUCUAAAUUCAAAUGGAACAAUCCCUUCUAACCAUCUUCAUUAUCUUGAACAUUCUUGCAUCUCUUUAUCUCUAUUUAGUUAUGCAUUUUUCUCCAUGUUAAUUGACAAAAUUACCCCUUCAAUCCAAGCCCAAAAUGGACUUACAAAUUUUCUUGCAUCAAUUGCUUUUGGCCAAGAACUUCUUCUAUUUCAUCUUCACUCAACUGAUCAUACUGGUGUUGAAGGACAAUACCAUUGGCUUUUACAAUUAGUCAUUUUUGUGUCUUUAUUCAGUACCCUUUUGGGAAUUCCAUUUCCUAAUAAUUUCUUGAAUAAUUUUGUGAGAUCUUAUAGUAUUAUGUUUCAAGGAUUUUGGCUUAUGGUCAUUGGUGUAAUGCUUUGGACACCAAAAUAUAUCCCUAAAGGUUGUUUUAUAAAUUUGGAAGAAGGAUAUCAAGUUGUUAGAUGUCAUGGACAUGAAGCACUUAAAAGAGCAAAAUCAUUAGUGAACAUAGAAUUUAGUUGGUAUAUAAUUGGAACCACUUCUUUAGUUGUCUCUCUUUACUUGGUUGGUUUCAAGAUUUUCACAAAAAAGGUUGAGUAUCUAUCCUUAAAAAAUAAUUUUGAGGAUCAAGAAGAGGACGUAGAGGAUAUUGUUGAAACUCAGAAGAGAUCAAGUGAAUUGAAGAAGUUUGUUGAAAUGGGGAAAGUGUUUGCUACAUCAACAUGAUAAUUAUAUAAGCAAGAAAUGAUGAGUUAAUUGUUAAAGCGACGAAGCAUGGGAAUGUACAAAAAGGGAAAAAAGUUGUUUGGUGGUUAAAUAUGUGUGUGUGUAUAUAUAUAUAUAUAUAUAUAUAUAUAUAUAUAUAUAUAUAUAUUUGUUUUUAAUAAUGUGUAGAAAAUAGAAUUUCACACUCAGUAGAAGGGGUGUAUUUAUGUUUUUUUAUCAGGGAUAGACUUAUUUACAUAUGUAUGUUAUACACACACAAAUCAUGUAAAUAUAUUAUUUAUUUACCUAUUUAUU